AUGAAAACCUGUAAAGCCAAUCCCUUGGACUCCAGCGUGGGAUCAGACCCCCAGUGCAGAGGUGGGGCAGGCUGCGUUGUGAAGUGCAGUUCAGAGAGAAUGGAGAAUGCUGCCAAGAGGAGACUGGCUGCCAAUGCCCGGGAGAGGAGACGCAUGCAGGGGCUGAACACGGCCUUCGAUCGCCUGAGAAAGGUCGUUCCGCAGUGGGGUCAAGAUAAGAAGCUGUCCAAGUAUGAGACCCUUCAGAUGGCUCUGAGUUACAUCAUGGCUCUCACCAGGAUACUUGCUGAAGCAGAGAGGUACAGUACUGAGAGAGAAUGGAUUAGCCUGCACUGUGAGCACUUCCACCCGGAGAGCUAUCACCACUACACAGGACAGAAAGUGGCAGCGGACAGCGAUCCUUACGCACAGCGAAUAUUCGGCUAUCGCUCUGAACACUUCCAAAUAGCUAAUUAG